UUAGCCGAACGCGCGCGCAUUUUCCCACGAUCAGGAAAACCGAAAUUACUCGCAGUCAUGAAGGAUCUAUUCAACUGGAUAUCCCUGGAGCUGAUCCUACUGAUGGGCAGUGCCAUUGCCUUUCCGGACGGAGCUCCCGCGGAUACGUGUGUGAAACAGAGAGCCAAUCAACCGAAUCAUGGAAAGGCCAGGAGUCAGACUGCCCAAUCGAAUCCCUACGAAGUGGUGGCCGAUUCCCAAACCUAUCACCCCGGUCAGCAGAUAUCGGUGGUUAUAUAUCCGCACUCCGAUCAGAGUACCGUCUUCCGGGGAUUCUUCCUGCAGGCGCGAGACUCCGAUUCGAACGAGUGGAUCGGGGAGUGGGUGCAGAGCGAGAACACCAAGACCAUUCCCGAGUGCUCGGCCAUCACGCACUCGGACAAUCGGGACAAACUGGGCGCCAAGCUGAUCUGGAAGGCUCCACAGAAUAGGCGAGGACAUGUCUACUUCACGGGCACUGUGCUACAAGAGUACGGAACCUUCUGGAGCGACAUCGUAAACAAAGUGCAGGCGGAGCCGCAAUAACUGAAAUUAUGUACUUAUUUAUAAGGCAGCUGUACCCAACGCCGGGCAAUAAAUCUUAAAAACCCUAAUUAGUCAAAACGAAA